GUUGAGAGCAUACACGUAUGGGAAAUUUUCGCAGAUGAUUCGGCAGGAAACGUUAAUCUUCAACGCGUCCAUGUUGCUGUGGUAACUUGGCAGUGAAGAGCGGAAGUAGAGGUUUCCCGCCAAGGCUUGUCGGAGGAGAGCAUCGGUCCGUUUGGCUUGUCAUGGCGGACGUGUUUGAAGGGCCUCGGCCUCGUAUAGCCACAAGUCACCUGGCGCAGCACAUCGGGAAACCGGUUUGUUUUGUGGGGCGUGUGGAAAAGAUUCACCCAUCUGGAAAAUUUUUCUUUCUGUCAGAUGGAGAUGGAAAAAAUGCAACUAUUGAGCUGAAUGAACCUCUAGAUGAAGAGCUCUCAGGAGUCAUUGAGGUAGUGGGAAGAGUUACAAAUCAAGCAAACAUCUUGUGUGCAUCAUAUACCCAAUUCAGAGAGGAUAAAAGCUUGUUUGAUCUUCCACUAUAUAAUGAAGCUCUGAAAAUUAUCCAUGAAUUUUCUGAGUACUACCCUUUUGGCACUGAGUCAUGACUAAUUGCUUUUUCUUACAACUUUGGAAUGGUCAGCUCUAUGAUACUUACUAUGCAAGAAUGUGUGGGAAAUACAAUAGCUUAAAAUGUUUGGGGGGCAGUCUAGUAUGCCAAUUAUGCAAUGCAGAAACUGUUGGAUUUGUAUCUUUUCUAAUGAAUCUAAAUCGAAAUCUAGUUUUGGGGAAAACCUGUUUCUAGCAAAAAGCAAUAAUUUUUGAUAGAUGAGCAUUUGAAUAUAUUUUUUUUAAAGACUAACAUUCAGGCGUAGUGAGCUUAGUAAAUAUGUACAAAAUCUA